AUGAGUAAUGAUGAGGACGACGCUGGUGAAGAUACACCAGUAACACCGUUACCAAAUCAGUUUUUCUUCUCGAUUUAUAGAGAAAAUGAGUCUGGAAAUACGAAUGGCAACGAACAGGAGGAUAAUUUGAAAAUCAUCUCACCAUAUAAAUGUCUGUUGUGUCGUAAAUACGUCGAUGGGCCAAUGUUAACAUGUACAAUAUGUGUCAAUGCCGGUGCAUUUUGUCCGUCAAAUCAUCGGACAUGUUCGCAUAAAAGACGCGAGUUCUUAUUGAAAUUAUUGAAUAAAGAUGAUUAUUACGAGUUCUUACAAUAUUCAAAUAGUAAAACAUAUCAUCUUCGAUGCUGUGAUCGAAUGUUCUUGCUGACGAAAUUUCAAUCGGAAAAGAAAACCCUUCAAGUCGAAUAUGAGACAAAACUUGGCGAAUCGAUGAAAAUGCAUGAAAUGUAUGAAGAUAUUCAAACCCGGAAACUACGUUUGAAUCUCAUGCACGAUAGAAUCAAAAUCAUUCGAGAACGUAUCGAGCAGAAAAAGCAACGCAAAAUUGAAACUAGUCGACGUAUUAGUGCGAUCACUGAACGCAUUCAAACAAUAAAAGUUGAGUUAACCGGUGUAAAUAAUAAGAUGAUAUCAGUGGAAGGCCAACUCAAAAGUCAAAUUCACGUAUUAACAAAACAAAUUCAGAAAUUGAAUAAAAUUCGUCAUGAAUUUUUUAACGAUCUAUCAAAAUAUAUUUUUCCGAUCAAAGAUGCGUCUGCAAGUGAAGACGCACAGGGGACGCGAAUUAUAAAUCCAUCACAAGCUCAAUUAUCAACGAAUAGUGACGAAAUGGAUGACGAACAAAUCGAGCAGAAAAAAAGAACAGUUAAUCAAGACUGUAGACUUCAAAUUGUGAACUCAUACUUAGUCAAAAAUGGCGAUUAUCAAAUCCACUCUCUAUUAUUAGCGGCUGAUACCGAGAGGAAAAAUCAGGCUCCUGGUUCGGCUUAUACGACAGAACCGCAUGCUUUAUAUGAAGUUGUAUCCGGUCUGUCGCAUGCUUGUCAGCUGGUGAAUGUUAUGGCCUUUUGUCUUCAAAUACACCUUCCAUUUCGUUUACAUUGCGCAGUAUUCCACACGAACGAUUUGACAGCUGAAGACCUUCGUGCAAAUAUAACGAAAUUAGAUGCUAAUAUUGUUAGCAGUUGUUUAUCACAAGGUAUUCCAUGUGAACUUGAUAAUGCUUCUCAUACAUUGGAAAAUCUACUCCACCUGCUUCAACUUGACAAAUAUCCCAGUCGACCGCGUUCAGUUAGUUUUUCGCUGGAGUAUAUCAACACGAUCAAAAAAUGGGUUGAUCAAAUCAGUGGUGUUCCUAUGAACGAUUAUUGGUCGGAUGAGGAUGAUAAUGAUGAAGCAAAUCUUUCGAAUGAUAACGAAUGGGAAGCAAUAUCGGCUGGCGAUUUCAUUCCUAAUGAUCAAUCGGUUUCUGAUUAUAGUGAUUCCACAUCCUCCAAUUCCAGUCAACAACAUUCGACGUUGAUGAGUAGUUCCAUCGAAUUCUUGAGAAAUAAGUUCUUAUUUCGUUGA